CCGCGAUACGCUGCGUCGACGCCCGUCACGCCGCCAAUCACACCGCCGACACCUCGUCGACGAACCGUUCAAUCCCUCCCGCGCGCGCUCGGCAUCGACGCGCUCCCGCAUUAACCGGCACUCACCGUCUCCGGCCUCCCGCGAAGAGCGGAUAAAUAUCUGCCUGCAGGGAUUUCCCGCGCCAGCAGGAUCUUUAUGCCGACCGUCGCCCUGACGUCCGUAUCCGCCGCCCUGGCGGCACCCCGCGCGUGCGCCUCGCGCACCGCGUCGAGUUCCAAGCUCGCAUUCUACCAACGAUGCAAGACCGAGACGCACGCGAUCCGCCUCGCGUCGCGUCAGGUUUACCGCGUCGAGAUCUCCCGGCGCGGAGAUGCCCGAUGCAGGGCUGCGGGAUCUAACCGCGUCGUCGUGAGCGUGGAGGCGUCCGCUUCCACCAAGGUGAUCGUGCAGGGCAGGCACCUCGAGAUCACCGACUCCAUCCGCGAGUACGCCGAGGAGAAGAUCAACAAGGCGGUCGCGCACUUCGAUCAGCACGACGUCCGCGAGGUGGACGUGCGCUGCUCCUCGCGCGGGGGCGCCGAUAAGAAAACCCCCGGUGGCGCCCUGCAGAAGACGGAGGUCACCGUGUACACCCGCAACGGAAUCAUCCGAUCCGAGGAGGAGGCCGACGAUCUCUACGCGUCCAUCGACGCCGUCAGCGACAAGCUCGAGCGCAAGCUCCGCAAGGUGAAGGAGAAGAAGAUCUCCAAGCGGCCCAAGCACAACAAGAACGCGCCCAAGGCGCAAACCGACGCAAUCGUGGAAGAGAUGCAAGCCGCGGAUGAGGCGCUGGCGGACGAGAGCAUGGACUACGACGAGGUCGUCCGCGAGAAGUUCCACCCGGUGCGCAAGUGCACGGUGUACGAGGCGGCGGAGGAGAUGGAGAACCUCGGGCACACCUUCUUCGCCUUUCGGAACGUGGCGCAAGGUAACGAGGUCAACGUCGUGUACAAGCGGGACGCCGGCGGCUACGGGGUCAUCGUGCCGGUCGACAUCGACGUCGACGCGUGACGGAUGCAUCGCGGGGCCAUCACGGUAGUCCUCCGUUCCGUCGUCGUGUCGUCACGCACGGGGGGCUUCAUCGAGCCGGAUAACACGUACGGGGCCGGUAUUCUUUAUGCGAGCCGUUUGAUUGAGGACGGUAGCGGGGAAAGCCGCGAGGCUUCCCUCGCUGGUUUUGUAAAAUUCUGUUGUCGUUAUUAAA